GCGUUAUCCAACAGAGAUGUGAAUGCUUCGUCACUGUAGUACAUCUUCGUUGAAUAAGUUCUGUUGACAAAGUCAGAAAUUUGACCAUUUUUUGUUGUUGAUUGAUUUGAUGUCAAAAUGCAUCAUAUCUGAUUGCUCUUUUAUGUAUAAAUUUAUAUCUGAUCGAAUUCAUGUAAUCGUGAACAUCAACUGCUGAUUUCUUUACCUAUCGUAACUUUGUUGGAUUGUAUAAGUUUUUACAGCAGUCUUUGUUAUUUCAGUAAUGUUAUCGGUGACAGGCAAACAUUUUCAACAUUGACUGUAGCAUAAAUGCAAUACAGUUCAAGCUGUCACACUUUACUUCAGCACAUCAAGUUGCUAUGUCAUAGAAGGGAAACAAGUCAAUGGAAAAAAUAUUACAAUUCGUAGAAUUCCAUUGGCAAAUAAGACAGAUAAAGCUAAGCAAGUGAUGAUGUAUGGUGUGACUACUUAGAUGAAAGGGGCAGAUGGAUGCAAAUGUCCCUCUGAGUAAGGUUCUUAGAGUUACUAUUAUUAUUAUUCUCUAGUCAUCGCUUUCAUUUUCGGCAGUUUACAGUUAUCCACAUAUCUCAUAACUAACGAUGAAAGACUUUUCAGACUGGUGUUAUUUCUUGACCCAACUACUCUUAACUAUUUAAUCAGUUUAUAUUUCGCUUUUGAACAGGUAGUGAUUUAGACGUGAGCAUAACAACUUGAAAUUUCAAAGUAGCACACAGGGAAGGCAUAUACAGAGAGUUAACACGUCUUUAUUCUUCACGAUUUUUCUGCAUUUUACGCUUAAAUGUGUACUUGUAUAACCACUGGUUGGUAAUAAUCACGCUUCCCUAUGAAGUUAACACAAUGAAUAUCGCCCAUUGCUAAAUGCAUAUGAUCGAUGAAUCAAAUCCUUCUUUUUCAUUGGGUGUAUGUACUAUUUCCAAUUUGGUUUUAGAAGUAAACCAGUUAACUAAAACAGUUGUGUGUCAUAAAAUUAGUUUACUUUUAUUUUUAUAAUAUUGACCGUAGAUUGGAAUAUUGAAUUCCUAUUGGUUUGUUUUCAAUAAAACUUGUCUCAUGUGUUCUAUUUUCAUUGGUUUACAGGAAAUAUUUAUAUACUUCAUUCGUUGGAUAAGUUGACCAAUCGUUUUAUGGUAUUAUAUAUAUAUAUUCCUCGAGUGUACACGUUUCUUUUUCAUUCAGAUUUCUGUAAAUGUCAAUGGUGGAUAAAGGACUUGUAUUAGUAACCGGCGGUUCUGGUUUCAUUGGUAGUCAUACAAUUGUGGAACUUAUUAAUGACGGUUAUGACGUCAUUACACUGGACAAUUUGAGUAAUUCAAACCAAAAUUGCAUACAACGCAUUGAACUAAUCACUGGAAAAAAGCUUCCUUUUUAUAAAGUAAACCUGUUGGACAAGGAAACGUUGAAUGAUAUCUUCGAAAAACAUAAAGUCGAUUAUGUGAUUCACUUCGCUGCUUUGAAAUCUGUGUCAGAAUCAACGGAACAACCAUUACAGUAUUAUGAAAAUAAUGUUGUGGGUUUACUGAAUUUAUUAAGGGUGAUGGAAUCACACCAUGUUAAGAAUAUUGUUUUCUCCAGUUCAGCCACCGUUUAUGGGGAGCCUCAGUUUUUACCAUUAACUGAAAAACAUCCUAUAGGCAAUUGUCAAAAUCCAUAUGGUGGUACGAAAUUUUGCUGUGAAGUUAUUCUAAAAGAUUUAUAUGAAUCUGAUCACUCAUGGAAUAUUAUAAGUUUACGUUAUUUUAAUCCAGUCGGUGCACAUUCCAGUGGAUUAAUUGGUGAAGAUCCCAAUGGAAUUCCAAAUAAUCUAAUGCCUUAUGUAACUCAAGUGGCUAGUGGUUUGAGACCUACAGUUAAUGUUUAUGGAAAUGAUUAUCCAACUGUUGAUGGAACAGGUGUUCGUGAUUAUAUUCAUAUUGUUGAUUUGGCUGUAGCACAUACUAUGUCAUUAAAUAAAAUAAAACAGAAUUGUGGUUUAAAGAUAUAUAACUUGGGAACAGGUGAAGGACAUUCCGUAUUAGAAAUGAUUCAUGCUAUGGAGAAAGCAAGUAGCAAAAAGAUUCCUUACAUAUUUUGUCCAAGGCGACCUGGUGAUUGUGCAAGUGUUUACUCUGAUGCGUCUUUGGCCCUACAAGAAUUAGGAUGGAAAUCAAAAUAUGGAAUUGACAAAAUGUGUGAAGACAUGUGGAAUUGGCAAGUGAAAAAUCCACAAGGCUAUCUUACUCUUAUGCAUUCUAGUGAUAAAUAAAUAAAUAAAUGACAUAUUCUCAGGUACCUUUCAAUACUUGUUUCUACCUUGUUUUUCACUUUCUAUUUUUCUUGUUUGAUUUUAAAUGAUGUCAUGUCACUGUUUUUUUUUAAAGCAACUGUAUUUCGUAUACUUUUUUCAAAUCAAACUUGUCUCUCUAUUUUUCGUAUUUCAAUUUUAUUUAUAAAUAAACGGUUUGUGAUAUUU